CAGGGGCGCCCCGUCGGGCCCCGCGCGAAGUUUUGCGAGUGCGGCUCCGGGGGGGCGCGGGGGGCGGCGGGGGCGGAUCCCCGCUGAGCCGCGGCCUGAAAGGGAGCCAAUGGCGCGGCGGCGGCCGCUGCCAAUCAUCGGGAGCCGUCCAAUCCCUCCGGUGCCAUGUCCGAACCGUAUUUCCCACUGUGCAGCUCAAAUGUGGGGAGCGCUCUGCCAAUCGCUGGAGGACGGAGCGGGGCCGGGGAUACGCGGAGUUAGGAGCGCAGACAAAAGAAGUUAAAGAGCCGCUUAAUAUAUACAUGUUUUUGAAGGCGGGCAGAGGGAAAAAAAUAACAACAGCCAACGUAGAUGGGCCCGGCCGUGUCCUUAUGGAGCCCCCUUUGAGCAAGAGGAACCCGACCCCGAGAUUAGCGGAUUUGGCAGCGGCUCAGCCCCAUCCGCACCCGCACAUGACGCGCUUCCCGGGGCAGGGGGCCCCGCACGGCCACCCCCCCCGCGCGGCCCACCCGCACCCCGGGGACGCGGAGCCCGGCGGCGCGCUGACGCCGCUCGGCCCCGAGCACAUGGCGCAGCCCGCCGCGCUCCAGCUCGCCCCCGAGGCGCUCACCGCCGCCGCCGCCGCCUUCGCCGCGCCCGCAGCCGCCGCCGCCGCCGCCGCCGCAGCCGCCAGCACAGCCGUCGCCUACGCGCCGCCCGCCGCCGCGCUGCCGGGCUGCCCGACGGGGGGGGCGGCGGGACGCGACUUCCUCCCCCGCCGGGACCUGCCCUCCUCCGCCGCCGCCGCCGCCGCCGUCGCCGCCGCCGCCGCCGCAGCCGCCGCGCACGGGGCCCCCCCGCGCCUCCCGCCCCCGCCGCCCCACGGCGUUUUCAUCUCGGCCGCCGGCACCUACGGCCCCGCCGACGGCGCGCACCCCGCCGCCUUCCCGCCGCCGCCGCCGCCGCUCAACGGGCAGAUGCGGCCGGAGCCGUACGGCCGCGCCGAGCCGCACUACGGCCCCGCGGCGCUGCAGGGCUACGGCUCCGGCGGGCUGGGCCUGGGAGCGGGCCGCGGGCAGCCGCCAACCCCGGGCGGGCCCGUCGGGGCGGCGGGCGCUUUCCUGCGCUACAUGCGGCCGCCCAUCAAGCAGGAGCUCAUCUGCAAGUGGAUCGACGGCGAGCCGCCGCCGGGCGGAGGGACGCCCUGCUCCAAGACGUUCAGCACCAUGCCGGAGCUGGUGGGCCAUGUCACCGUGGAGCACGUCGGCGGGCCCGAGCAAAGCAGCCACGUGUGCCACUGGGAGGAGUGUCCCCGCGAGGGCAAGCCCUUCAAGGCCAAGUACAAACUCAUCAACCACAUCCGCGUGCACACGGGCGAGAAGCCCUUCCCCUGCCCCUUCCCCGGUUGCGGCAAAGUCUUCGCUAGGUCCGAAAACCUCAAGAUCCACAAACGGACUCACACAGGUGAGAAGCCCUUUAAAUGCGAAUUCGACGGCUGCGACAGGAAGUUCGCCAACAGCAGCGACAGAAAGAAGCACUCCCACGUCCACACCAGCGACAAGCCGUACUACUGCAAGAUCCGCGGCUGCGACAAGUCCUACACGCAUCCCAGCUCCCUGCGCAAGCACAUGAAGAUCCACUGCAAAUCGCCUCCUCCUUCUCCUCCGCCCGCCCCCCCGGGCUACGCCGCGCCGGGAUCCCCCGACGGCCCUUUGCCCCCCGGCGCCGAGCUCCCACCCGAGCCGCCCCGCGCCCGCGCCGCCGCCCUGUCCCCUCCGGUCACCGACCUCAGCGAGUGGUACGUCUGCCAGGCCGGGGGGGGAAGGCGGCCGCGCAGCCCUCCCAGCCGCUCCGCCUCGCCGGGUUCCGAGGGGGACGGGCCCCGCAGGACCUCGGGAGGCCGGGCCGCCCCCUAGGGCUGCGGGAAAGCCGUCAGGUUUGACUCGCGCUAUUUAUUCCGUGUACGAAACCCUAUGGUGUUUGUACGGGCACUAAUUUAAUUAAAGAGACUCGGACGGUUGUGUCCCAUUUCGGUACGGAUGGAUCACGCCGGACUGUGCCACCCCACCGCAGGGGUGCGGGGUGAGGAGGUGCCCCGGGCUCAGGCAGCUAUUGGAGGGGGGGGCGGGGGUUGGCACACAAGCUACGAGCGGGCACGGCUCCACCCCAUCCACGAGCUCCCUUCAUUUUCCAUCCCAGCCGAGACCCUCUCAUCCUCUAAGCCCCCCCAGCCCUGUGCCUCCUAAGCCGCCCCCCCGGCCCGGGAGGAGCGGCUCCAGCCGCUCCCUCCCAGCCUCAUCGCAGCCCCCACAGCCGGGUGAGGGAGAGGGAAGGCAGGUUUGCGGCCGAAUGCAGCAGCGCUGCCGGCCCCGCAGCCGGCUUGGGGAGAUGCUGAAUGCCGCAAAAUAAACGCCGUUUUUUGCCUCCUGCAGUGCAGCUCUGUGUAAUUCUCUUUCCCCUCUGAGCCGCCGG